AUGGUCGACGCAGCUGUCCACGUUAAGCGAGGCCACCCGGCGCUCUUCGGUACACUCCUCGUCUUCGGUAUCAUCGAGGGUGCUACUACAUCAUGGCUUACUAUGCAGUACAACAACAACGGCUCAUACCCCAACUCGUCUAUCCGUGACCGUGUCCGCUUCCUCGUCUUCGUCUCAUGGUGGACGGUCGUUUUCGCCGCUGCAUACCUCGCCGUCUUCCUCCUUGCUGCCGACAACUUCUUGGCUAGCAUUGCAUCCCACGGUAUCUGGAUCUUCUUGACCUGGAUCUUCUGGCUUGCCGGUGCCGCUGCCCUCACCGCGUCCCUCGGCGGUGGUCUUUCGUGCGGCCUCACCAACCUCGCCUACUGCGGUCAGCUCAACGCUGCCAUUGCCUUCGCCUGGAUUGAGUGGAUCAUCAUCACCAUCCUUUUGAUCGUUAUCGUCCUCCUCGGUACCUCCGCCCUCAGGCGCGGUGACCGUCUCAGCGCCGGCCUCGUCUAA